GCAAAUUUAAUUCGACGAAAGGAGUUGACAAGCUACAAAUAUGACUCCGAAUCCAAACGAGAGUUCUUUGGAAGAAUUUCACCUACAAGUAAAGAGACCUGUCGUGAGUGAAAAGCCUGAAAAAAUCGAAAUAGUAUAUGUUAAUGUUUUUAUAUACUCUGCCUACCACAUUUUCGCGUUAUAUGGAUUGUAUUUAUCCUUUACAUCUGUUAAAUGGCCUACUAUUAUAUUGGGUAUAAUACUCUGGACUCUAUCGAUAUUAGGUACAACAAUGGGUUCGCACAGACUAUGGAGUCAUAGAGCGUACAAAGCCAAUUUACCUCUACAAAUAUUUUUAAUGAUAUGUACAUCAAUAGCUUGUCAGUUGACGAGUUACAAUUGGGUAAGAGACCACAGAAUGCAUCAUAAAUAUUCCGAUACGAACGCUGACCCACAUAAUGCGAAACGAGGAUUCUUCUUCUCUCAUAUGGGAUGGUUGUUAAUUAAAAAGCAUACCGAAAUGAAACGAUUGGGGAAUACUAUUUAUAUGGACGAUGUUCACAGUAAUCCAGUACUUAUGUUCCAAAAGAAAUACGCAAUACCGUUUAUGGGAUCUCUUUGUUUCAUAAUACCGGUGUUAAUACCUAUUUAUUUCUGGAACGAAAGCUUCGUUAACGCUUGGAAUUUUAACAUAUUAAGAUUCAUUCUUGGCGUCCAUUCGAUUUGUUCAAUAAAUAGUUUCGCACAUUUAUUUGGGACAAGACCUUACGAUGAGAACAUAAUGCCUGUUGAAAAUAUAGGUGUAUCUCUAGUGACCUUAGGCGAGGGAUUCCAUAAUUAUCACCAUUCAUUCCCAUGGGAUUACAAAGCUGGUGAGCUUGGAAAUAAUUGGUUGAACUUUAGUACUGCGACAAUAGACUUCUUCGCUAAGUUAGGAUGGGCUUACGAUCUAAAGACUGCGUCUGACGCAGUGGUGGAAGCGAGGAUUAAAAGAACUGGUGAUGGAACAUAUAAAAGAGAAGAUAUUAAAGAAAGUGAUAGGGGAAAGAAACAAAAGAAUAUAGGUCUAUGAAAAAUAAAUAUUAAUAUAGCAAUUGAUGUUUAGCAAUGAUAUUAAGAAGCGUCAAUAGCCUAAUGGUCAAGGGUACGGAUUUCCGAUCCAUGAGGUCUAGGGUUC